GCAAACAGGCAGAGACCAAUAAAUGUCAUAGUGGCUCCUCCCGAGUGAACGUCAUCUGGCUCUUGCUGUUGAUCCCCAUGCGGAACCGAGUGGUCACUUUUAGAAAUAAUUGACAAACAGACUUCCGUGUGAGAGACAGAGCUGCUGCUUCCGUGUACUGUUACGUUUCUCUCUUGGCGGAGGGUCCACCGAGCUCAAGCUGUCACUCCUUGCUACGAUGCGUGCGAUUCCCGACGAGUUAACAACGCUGAUUUCAGAUUUGGAACAGUUCCUCUGUGAUGGACUAAAAGCAGAAAAUUUAAGCAAGAAGGCAAAAGAGAGGAGGGAAACCUUUAUCAAACGGAUCAAGGAGGUCAAACUAAGUUUCCCCCAAGAUUUCAAAGACAGAGUAGGUGGAGAUGAUUCAGAUGAGGAUGAGGAAGUUGACAGCAACAACGAUGGAGGCUCUAUGCAGUCAGAGCGGACAGACAAGGACGAAGAAGCGUUGGAAGGUGUGCAGCAGGCCCCGCCCGUUGCAGCCCAGGACUUGACAUCUGUCUUCAAAGCAGGAUAUCUGGAGAAGCGCAGGAAGGAUCACAGCUUUUUUGGCACCGAAUGGCAGAAGAGAUGGUGUGCUCUGAGCCAUCACACCUUCUACUAUUAUGGCAGUGAGAAAGACAAGCAGCAGAAAGGCGAGUUCGGCAUCGAUGGCUACACUGUCAAAAUGAACAACACCUUACGGAAAGACUCAAAGAAGGACUGCUGCUUUGAAGUUUCUGCUCCAGACAGACGAGUCUAUCAGUUUUGUGCAUCAUCGACGAAGGAGGCAGAGGAAUGGGUGAAACAAAUAGACUUUGUGUUGAAAGAUAUGUCGGGCAUUAUUCCCGAAGAAGAAGAUGACGAACAGUUCAUGUAUGAUGACGUUGGAACUUCUUCUGCUUUUGCCCCGGGUGACGAAAUCUACGAAGAGCUGCCAGAUGACGAGAUGCCUUCUCCAGCCAAGCCUCCACCAAAAGUUGAACCGUCAUCCAAGCCUCCUCUUCAUCCUCCUCCUGUUGCUGCCAAUUCUACUGCACCUGGAGCUGACAAGAACACAGACUAUGCAAACUUUUACCAAGGCUUAUGGGACUGCACCGGGGACCACCCAGAUGAGCUGUCUUUCAAACGUGGAGAGGCCAUCUACAUCCUGAGCAAGGAGUACAACAAUUUCGGCUGGUGGGUCGGAGAGAAGAACGGAGCAAUCGGCAUCGUUCCUAGAGACUACUUGUUGGAGCUGUACGUUAUGUAAACGCUCUAUGCUGCUGAGACUUCUGCUUAAUCCACUUACCUGCUGUUUCAUAUAUCGAAUGGUGGGGCGGGGGGCUGGGAGGGUUCCGAGAUAAAUCCAGCGUUUCAAUAUUAGCAAGGCUGAUGGUUAUAAAAAAAUGGCGAUUUUACUGAAAGUGUAUUUCCAGCACUUUUCUGCACUCUUGUAUUUAUUUUCUGUUGAAAUUAUUUGUGAUACCAUUCUAGAGUUGCUUUUGUCAAAGAUAAUAAAAAUUCAAACACUCA